GAUUUUGGCAUGGUAACAUUUUUAACAUGGCCGCAUGUUGAACGAGACGAUUUUCUUUACUGUUUGCCAAAAUAGAAAAUACUGGCGUAGUUUUUAGCGGAUUUAUGUUGUUGUUAAAGCUAGGGGACUAAAUAUUUAACGACUAAAUAAAUCGUAUCUGGUUAAAAUGAUGCAUCACCCGAACAUGCAUCAUCAGCCGAUGUCGGGGCACCCGCCACAGCACAUGGGUGGCCACCAAGGAAUGCCCGGUCACCAUCAAAUGCCGCCCCAUCAGAUGCACAGAGAAAACAGGCACGUAACAUUAACUAGGGUGCCGCUGGGCCCGUCGCAGGCGGGCGCGCUGGGCGGCGCGCUGGACGUGCCGCCCCCGCACCACGCGCCCGGCAUGCGCCCCCAGCAGCCCAUCCGCCCCAUGCCGCACCAUCCGCCGCAGCAACACCACUAUGUUCCUUCGAUGAAGCCGAUGCGGCGGCCGUACUCCGGUUACGGGCCGGCGAACGCACCGGUCAUGCCUCCGAUGUAUGCUCAGCCCGCACCUAUCCAGCCACAACAGCCCACAGGUCUGGGCAAGUCACAAACGUCCCCAGUAUUGGCGAAGUCGAAGCUAACCACAGAUUUUGUAGCAUCGACCCCAGCCAGCAACCCGCCGCCGGCCGCCAGCUCGGAGCCCCGGGCCGCGGCCGCGGAGGACGCCCCCUCGCCGGCGCCGGGCGACGCGGAGGCGCAGCGUCCGGCGCCGUCCUCGGCCAACAGUAAAGAGAAGACUCCUAUGUGCCUGGUCAACGAGUUGGCCAGGUACAAUAAGAUUAAGCACCAAUACCGCCUCACAUCAGAAACGGGACCCGCUCACAAGAAAAUAUUCACAGUAACACUCCGACUGGGUGAUACUGAGGAAUACACUGCAGAGGGUACGUCAAUAAAGCGCGCGCAGCACGCGGCGGCGAGCGCGGCGUUGGCGGGCACGCGCUUCCCGCCUCCCCCGCCCCGCGCGCCCGCGCCCCACGCCGCCCCCCAUCCCCACCACAGGCAUUCAGGUACAGUGAUGCCGACGGUGGAACUGAACGCGUUAGCCAUGAAGCUCUGCCAGCCGGCGGUGUACACUUCAAUCCCGCCGGUGGCAGCGCCGGCGCGGAUGGCGAGGCCUCGCCCCCCCGCCCCCUACCGCAUGCACGCCCCCUCGCCCGGCUUCAUGCCCCCCUACCAGCGGAUGAUGACGCCAGGACUGGUGUACCGCGUGCGCGUGUGCGUGGGCGGGCGCGCGUGGCUGGGCGAGGGCAGCACGCCGCAGGGCGCGCGGCACGACGCGGCCGCGCGCGCGCUGCACGACCUGCGCCAGCCCGCGCGCGGCUCGUCGCCGCCAGGUGAACCGACAGCUAUAUCAUCAUCAUCAUCUGCAGCCCACCGUGACCCACUGCUGGGCAUAAGCCUCCUUCCGUCUACGCCAACCGUCUCUGCCCUGUCAACAGAAACGCCGAUAGAAAACACAGAGCUCCUGAACUCCGAGGUGAAGUCUCCGGUGUCGCUGGUACACGAGCUGGCUCUGAAGAGGAACCUCUCUGUGUUGUUCACGGUCAAGAGCGAGCGCGGACCGCCACAUAUGAGGGUGUUCGUAACAGUGUGUACAGUGGGCGACAUGGAAACAGAGGGCGAGGGGAAUGGGAAGAAGGUGUCCAAGCGUCGCGCGGCCGAACGAAUGCUGGAGGAGAUGAAGCGACGCUGGCCGCCCACGCUGCUGCGGGCCAGGGUCUGUCAGGACAAGCGGCGGCCGCAGCCCACUAAGAAGAAGCCGAGGAACUUGAUCAAGGAGGGCGGCGUGGGCGGCGUGGGCGGCGUGGACGGGUCGGGCGGCGGCGGGCUGGACAACCCCAUCUCGCGGCUGGCGGUGGCGCGGCACGCGGCGCGCGCGCGCUCGCCGCAGUACCGCGUGCUGGAGGAGCGCGGCGCCGCGCGCCGGCGCGAGUUCCUCGUGCAGUGCGACGCGCCGCCGCACAGCGCCACCGGCCUCGGGCCCAACAAGAAGACUGCCAAGCGCCGCGCCGCGCACAACGUGCUAUUAGCAAUGGAAAUAGCAAACCAAUCAGAAGACACCAUAUCAUCUGAAGAGAACAGCCCUGACACGACAACCAAUGGUACUACGGAGAAUAAAACCAGCGAUACUAAACUAAAGGAUUCGGAGAACAGCGGCGCGUGCGGCGAUGUGCGACAGCCUGUACCCGGGGUGCUGAUGAUGGACUACCACCCCUGCAACCAGCAAUCUAACGGCACUCACGACACAAGCGGGUCCAGCGGUGGCAGUUCUCCCGGCGCGAAGGACCAGCUGAUGUACCUCUCGCAGCUGCUCGGCUUCACCGUGCAGUUCUCUGACUUCCCCAAGCGCAAUCACGGCGAGUACCUGUCGCUGGUGUCGCUGUCGACGGAGCCGCCGGUGAUGUGUCACGGCGGAGGGCCCUCCACGCAGCACUCGCACGAGCAGUGCUCCCGCGCCGCGCUGCGGGCGCUGGCCCUCAUGGGGCUGGAGCCCGCACGACCACAAAUCCAGAGCAUAGGCGGCGCGACGACUCCCAACAAACCGAAAGCGAUCGCCAACGGCAUCCCCGAGUGAGCGGAGCCAUUUUAUAUUUUACCAUCGCUGUUCAGCUAAAUGCAGAUCACUACCCUAUUUUAACCUUCUUCGAAUGCAAUAUCACGUCGUGUAUUCAGCGCGAAUUAGUUCGGGACGACUUCAUUUCAUUUUAAAUAAUUUAUUCUAUAUUUUAUCCUCAAAAUAUCGACAUAUUUACAAAUGCGACUUUUUGAUCUCGGGUCUUGCAACUACUUAGUUCAUUUUGUUAUUCAAAACGAUUCUUAUUUUUAGAAUGAAAUAUGUAUAUUUUGUUAUUUUUUUAUGAACUGUAAGAAGCUAUUUUAGUUACUCACGAACUGUUUAUUGAAAACUGCCGCUCACAUCUAUUAUUAUUUUUUAUUGGUGUAAUUUUAUGAAAUAACACGACUUUUUUGAUUUAGUUGAUAUUCUAUAUCAGCGACGUAUUAUAAAUGUUCGGUCGGAUUUAUGAAAUGUGGCCGACGAUGUAUGUUAGGUAAUAAUUGACAUUAAAUAUCAGUAAAAUUAUGUAGAAACGAAUAUUGUUCGAAACUUAGGCUGUGAAGCCCAACCAAAACAGUUUGUUCGGGAACGACGGCGCGGACCGGCGACGUAUGACAGUACAUUCAUAUUGUAUAAGGCACAUAGUGGAACAUUAUCAAUGGUACUUGUCUCAGUCAUGAGGGUUAAAGUAUAUUUAAAAAUAUAUUGCCUGUUCUGAGACGUCGCACGCUCUCGCUUAACGGAUAUUCCGUUCGGAGAGGGCGUGUUCUCGCGGCCCCUCGCUGUCAACUCCUGACGAACACUAAAGUUACAUCAUGCGGCCAUGGUGUCACGUUAGUUUAGCAUAAUAGUAGUAAUCGCCGUGGUCCCCGCGAUAGGUUAGGCUUCGUCUAGUGUACCCCUACGGCGAGGACGGCGAUUAUAGCAUUUGUGGCCUCGAUUUUUAAAUAAACCACUAGUGGGUGAGCGUUUGCAAAUUCCCCCGACCCUAAGCCAUGAAAUGUGUAAUUUUAGACGUAGUUCUUGCGAAUAUUCGACACUCGACUUUGCGAGCCUCUAUCUAUGUAGGAUAAGGUUGAAGCUGCUUAUUUAUUUUAGGCUUUUUAUAAUAUCCUAUAAACGGAAACUAAUGCAUGUUAUACUAGUGUAGCGUUUUUGACUAAUAUAUAUUCUUUAUAUAGACAUUACGAUUGAUCGGUAGACGUAUGUAGCUGUAUAUCGUAAACCUAAAAUGGUGCCGAUCUUUUGUAUCUUAUCGAUUGUACAUUUCAUUGUAAUGGGUCCGAUAAUGAAUUUUACUUAUUUUUUAGUCGUGUAAGUUUAUUAUAGCGCAUGAAAUACAUUUGAUAUAAUAAAAUGUACUCGUGAACGCUUGUAAACUUGGCCAUGUAUCGCGGGAUAACGGCAUUUUAAGUUAUUUUUAGCAUGGUGUACUAAUUCUUCGUUAUUUGUUGAAACGAUUUUAAAUCGAGGCCAAUUAAAAAUUUCUUCGUCUUGAAAGUUACACUAGUAACUGAGAUACCGAAAGAAAUUAAUAAAUCGGAUAAAGAAAAGCCACAAGGGCAUUAUGAAGUGUUUUAUUUAUUUUGUUCUAAGUAACUAAUAUUUUAUAUAACGUGGGUGGAGCAAGUCCCAACUGAAUUUCGUGCUUUUAGCAAACUAUUGUAAGGAUAAAACAAUAAAGUUAUAAAUUAAA